AUGCAAUUUGUCAAGCAUUUUGAAAAGUAUGGUUUUUUCUCUAGGGGAAGCAAUUAUUCUUUCAUUUCCUUGUUACCAAAGGUUAAAGAUCCUCUCACGCUUCAUGAAUUUCGUCCCAUAAGCUUAAUUGGGUGUGUCUACAAAAUUAUUGCCAAAACUCUUGCCAAAAGAAUUAAGAGAGUUAUUGGAUCGGUGAUUGGGGAAGUUCAAACUGCUUUCAUUGAAGGGCGAAGCAUUCUUGACAGGCCGAUGAUUGCUAAUGAGCUAUGUGCUUGGGCUAAAAAAUCUAAACGGAAAACAUUCAUUUGCAAAGUCGAUUUCGACAAAGCUUUUGAUUCUAUUAAUUGGAAGUAUUUGGAAUCGAUCAUGAAACAAAUGGGAUUUGGAGAUAAAUGGAUAUUUUGGAUAAAAGGUUGUCUCUCGUCUUCUCGGGCAUCUAUUCUCCUCAAUGGCUCCGCCACAAAAGAGUUUCCAAUUACCAAAGAGGUUCGGCAAGGGGAUCCUCUAUCUCCUUUCUUGUUUAUAAUUGCUAUGGAAGGAUUAAAUGUCGCCAUGCGUUCGGCCUGCGACCAUUCUUUAUUUCAUGGGGCUGAAAUGCCUAACAGUGGCCCUAUGAUUUCUCAUUUGUUUUACGCCGAUAACGCCAUGUUUAUUGGAGAUUGGACAAGCUCCAACUUCAUAAACUUGGCAAGAAUUUUGAGAUGCUUUCAUGCAUCUUCGGGGCUCAAAGUUAAUUUUCACAAAUCCAAAGUUUAUGGCAUUGGAGUUUCGGAGAAUGAAAUUGCUAGUUGCGCUAGAAUUCUCGGUUGUGAGGCAGCCUCUCUUCCUUUUAAAUAUCUUGGAGUCCCUGUUGGAGCAAAUAUGUCCCAAAAAGGAGCUGGCAACCCAUCAUUAUUGAUCGUAGGGGACGGAAAGAAAAUUUUAUUUUGGCUAGAUGAAUGGCUAAAGAACGGGACUUUGGCAGUGAAACUCCCUUCUUUAUAUGCGUUAGACGAGAGGAAAACUUGUCUUUUAGGUGACAGAUGGGUGAAUGGCGCUUUGUCGUGGGCUUGGAAGCGGAAACCCAACAAUUCUCAGGAGCUGCUGGAAUUGAAAUCUAUUUUGGAUGUUACAAGGAUGGUUGUUAGAUCCAAUGGGCCCGACACUUGGAGAUUAAGGUUAACUGUUGAUGGUUUUUUCCGUGUAUGCGAUCUUAGGGCCCUCAUUGAUAGUAAAUUGACUAUCCCGAUAAAUAAUCCCACGGUUUGGCUUCACUUAGUUCCUAUCAAGUGCAUUAGUUUUGUUUGGAGGGCUUGUAUGGGGUGUAUUCCUACUGCAGUAGCUCUUUCCAGGAGAGGUAUCAACAUGUCUUCUAUUUCCUGUCAAAUGUGCUUUAGUGGUGUGGACACUGCGGAUCAUAUUCUCCUGGAUUGUCCGAUUGUUUUUGAUUCUCUACGCUGGAUUUUCAAUUGGUGUGACGUUUCUAUUCAAAGAUUCCUUUCGAUUUCAGAUUUUGUUAAAUUUGCUGCCUCAUUGGGGAACUGUCCAAAAAAGAGAAAAAUAUUUAUUGCUAUCUGCUAUGGGUUUCUAUGGUGUAUGUGGAAAGCAAGGAACGACGUUUGGUUUAACAGAAUCCAAGUAAACUCUUCAAAGUUGGCGGAUAAUGUGAUUUCUAUGGUUUUUAGUUGGCUGAAAUAUAAGGAUAAUUUUGGAAAUUGUAGAUGGGAAUGUUGA